CCACACACCAAGAGCCCAACAUGGUGAUACUCUUGUGGGGAAACGAGCAGCAAAUGCUUGACCAGUUUUACAUCAAUCAAUGGUUAUGGGAAAUACCUUCGGAUUGUCGCACAAUUGUUCUAUUUGAACUUGACGCAUCGGGCGCAUCGUCGCUGCCCCGGCAGAUUGGUGAAUACUUCGAAUCGUUGAUGCUAUACUAUGUUGCUUGUGUUGCGAUCAACAAGAACGCCCUGUUCAGCUUUCACUAUCAACCGUUGCGCAUUGUGAGCUAUUCUAGCUUUCCUGACCUAAGUGAACUGUUCUUCGAUCGCUUGCAAACGAUUCAAGAUAAACAAUUUGCAGCGGGAUACAUGAAAGGCCAUUACACAGCCAUGUAUUGUGGGCAAAUGUAUGGGGAGGAUACAGCGCUGUUCCUUCUGUUUGCGGAGCGGCUAGGUCUUACGUUACAUUUACAGGAAGUUCUUUGUGAUGGGUUUGAGUCUUUAGUUAGCUGUGUAGCUCGCUACAAAGAUAUAAGUUUUUUACUAAAUCGGUUGCAUUUUACGCAAUAUAACAAACAUGUGAUCAGCGCCUCAUCCAUGGAACAGUUCACCAUAGCAACGCCCAAGGGCCGUUUGCUCAAUGUUUGGGAAAUUCUGCUGAAACCAUUCCAUCACUCCGCCUGGGGCCUAAUACUCGGCAUCCUGGUGACACUUCAGCUCAUCCACCAGCUCAAACCGACAUUGUUUAGCAACAAUCUGCUUGCUCUAGCACUUUUUGGAUUUGAGAAGCAGCAGCUGCGUCUCACGAAACGCGUCGAGAAAGCUACUGCCUUUGCGCUGAUCGUGCUAUUUUUUCAACUAAAAUGUGCCUACGAAGCAAAGCUUGUAUCGUACCUUGCCGAACCGCCCCGUCUCCCAGACGCGGCGUCAAUUGUCGACUUGCGCGAACGCAACAUCACAGUGCAUUCUAGAAAGAUCAACAUUAUGGAAGACGAUAAACUAAAUGGAAUUGUUGAGUUCUACGACGGAGUACACUUCAAAUUCGACGGAAUAACGCUGCUCGAAAAUCGUGUUGCGCUGGUGCUCGAAAAGCUGUUUGCCGACAGCGUUGAGGGCCAUGGGAUGCUGUAUACAAUACUGCCCGAGAACGUUUACGAAACGAUACCAUUUUAUGCACUUGGUGCUAAAUCGUUGCUCAGGAGACGAUUUCAGACAUUUCAACAGCAUGUGUUCGAGGCAGGCAUGCAGCAGCACUUGCGCCAGAAGCAAGCCAGCUGUUUGAUAUGGUACAUUGUGAAGAGUAAAAAGAUACCCGGUGCAUUUGAUGGAUCAUCCGCAGUCAUUCGCUUUGAUCAUCUCAAGCCACUAAUGCUGUUUUUCCUCGGACAGUGGGUAUUGGAGGUGAUGGUGUUUAUGAUUGAGAUGCUGGUGGAAAGAUAUAAGCGAUCGCGACGUGUUUAAGAAAGAUGACAAAUAUUGUAGCAUUUCUAUUUAUUCACGUGUUGCAUCGCUUCUUGCUGAGAAAUUUGAUAAUUGGAAUAAAAUGAUUGAGUUAAACCAUGAACAUAGAAUACUUUAAGGGUGUCGUAAAAGAAGGAUUAAGUUUCUGGUAAUAAAUUCCGUAACAAGGCCUUGCUCGUUAUACAUGUAUUGCGUAUGACUCAUUCCAUCAGCAUCCCGAAUUGGCUGGAUCUUCCAGAAUGCACAACUACUUAUACCAAACCAACUCACAACAAAGAUCACGCAGCCACAAAUAAUUUCGCUGCAGGUGCGAGGCCACCACUUCACGAUUGUUUGUUUAUAUUUCGGCUCGUUAAUUUUAUUAACACCCUAACGAAUUGUUAUGCCACCUGAUGCCGUUCCCCUCUAAAAAAAUGGUAUUGGUGCAUUAAUCCGGUCCGGGAAUUCCCCUCGCCCCAAAGUAUCCCGUUCCGAUUGAACAUCCGAAACCCCUGUACGCCGACAGAGGCCCGAUACUCUGCAUAGAUUCCAUCUAGAAUUAAAGCAGAAAGUCCCUGGCGCGCGCGUUUGCGCGGUUAUGCGCGGCAACAAUUUGAAUGAUAAUGUGCGCCGGCGGAUCAUAACGCACCGGCAAUAAAAUGGAAAUGAUGUACAUUUACAUUAUCAUAAUAUUAUUAACGGCACAUCGGCACUGAUUCUAAUCCCAACGCUCGACCGCUCAAGGUAUGUGAUGUGCCCACCUGCCAGGUGCCCGAACAAGCGUGACGUGUAGCUAAUGUGACAAUUUACAAGCACUCGCGUCCCGGUGUCACUUUCAGACUGUGGUGCACGGUUUUUUGAGCCGCUGCCGACUCGUUAAGUUGACGCGGCGUUCCAUUAAAAAGCGUGACGAGAUCAUACUUUUUUUGUGAGUCGGGUUUGAUGGAGCAGAGUACAUCAGGGAACCCGUUCAGUGAGAAUUCGGGAUGGGAAGACACACGGAUAGUGUUUCACGCAACCGCCCAGCUCAUGCUGGUCCGAUUUUGGCGUUAGUUGGCCGUGCCGUUCUUGGGCUGGAUCGCGACGGGAAUGCUAAUCCAGUGCUAGCGCACGCGCACGAACCUUUACGAAUGUUAAUUCCCAAUUCCGACGAGAAGAAUAUAUUGAGUUGGUUUUUGCGCAGUGGAUCUUCAAGUGAAGACUUCAAUGAAUUUACCAUUUCUGCUGGAAGUUGGAGAAGUCUCUUAGAGUUCAAUCUAAGACCCUGAAGAACAAAACACAGGGCUUGCCAGCAAAGAAAACAUCUCGAAAGUACAUUCCAGCGAUGGUACAGCUAUGGACGCUCUCCUCAUUAGGCUACUCAGAGGAUCUGCUAAAUCAUCUCCCGUCCUUAUUAUGACACCUUUUACUGCGUCCUCCCCUGAGGGCAAAACCUGCUGCACCGUCUCGUCGUGAUUGGCAAGCGACAAACCCUACUGCGAACCUGUCAAAUUUGUUUCAACCCGUGGAGGGACCGUCCGAUACCCAAAACAAAACCAGAAAACCCCGCAUAAAACUAAGCCCUAGGGUCUGGCCGGACACCUCAUUAGCAUUAUCUGCGGGAUUCCGAACUAUUCCCUGCGUGCCCGUUCCCGUUGCUAGUCCAGCAGGGAGAGCUGCCGGUCAGCAGUAGUCAACAGUGCUAGAGGCAGUAGUAGAUCACAAACCCAGAACACCCCAACCUUUUCACGGCGGGACGGAGCGGAAUCAAAACACUCGUAAAACGGCGCACCAUGCCCGUGACAUGUUUUACGAUCAUAUUUCAGCGGCCAUUAGGUCGCGCAUAAAACGUAAUUUACAAUUCAGCUGACUUCCCCUCGAGCGCGUAUGUGUGUGUGUGAGUGGUUUUAUGUCCCCCUUCCCCGCAUACACACACCAACCGCGCAUUCCCAUUCGUGAUCAUGAUCGAUGCUGAUGCCCCAAUGUUUCGUCGCAAUGUACCCAUCUGCAUCACGCGAGACGCGAACCCACGCCGGGCACGUCCGCGCCCUGUGCACGGAUAAUGAUUUAAUCUCGGCAUGAUUCCGCACGUCCACGCCCGGCACAGCAUGGGGUUUGUUUCAACGGCUUCACCACCUCCUCCUCCCCAUCCCUCAACCCACAAAAUGGGUAAUGUGUUUCCGAAGGCAGGCGUCACGCCAUAAAAACGGCCGGCAUGACGGCGGGCAAACCUCGCCACUGCCGUCUGCCGAAUACUGAAAUGGGCGCAAAAUAACACCCGCCACCAAACCGUGGCGGCGGCCGUUGUCACGCUCGACGCUCGUAAAGAUGUCAGAAUAUUGUCACAGAUCAAUUCCGUUCGAUUCCGGCCAGGUUCGAAAUCGGAGUUUGGGAAGGCAUUUGCGUUUGCAAACGAGCGAACGACGCACACGCCGAGAAGGAACAUGCUGUGCGUCCAAGAGGACACACCAUCUCAUUGGGGCGCUGGGGCGGGGAGGAGGGGGGGGGGGUGCAGAGGGACCGUACACCUCGGGCACGUCUGGCAUUCGAGUAUGAAUAUUCAUCGCUGCUCGGUUCGCUGUCCACGAGCGUGGCCGACAGCGACAGUAUCGACGACUCCUGGGAACUGCACGGAAGAACUGCUGAACGAACGUGUCAUAAAUAUGUUCCAGAUAUUAUUGACCUCUCCCUGGGCUACCCCCAAACCCGGCAAGAUCACCAGCAUGGCAGAGCUCAAAUCGAUCGCUGACGAACGUUUGUUUUAUCUAUGGGAAUAUAGCUGACCAUACAUGAGCAAAUUAUUUUAACUGCCCGAUGGUCAUUAGAACGGGACUGAUUGAAUGUCUGUGUUUGGUUUUCGCGAUGUUUGUUGUUAUGAUGAGAUGUUACGAGUCUCGGACUGGUAAAAUUGGAAAAUAUUUGCAUAUCCAUUAGCUAGUCUAUUCAAAACAAGACAUUCAAGAUGUCUACUACUUCAACAAUGUUUGGAAUGUGGAUAGUUUUAAGCGAACUCUAUAAUUACAUUUCAUUUGAAAUGCCUAACACAAAAUGGAAUUUAAUACCUCGAAACAUGCAGUGAAGUCUCAGUAGACUGAAAGUGAACUGUCUCUCCCAUGUGUAUUCUUGCUUUUAAAAGAUAUUUGAAUUGAAUACUCCAUUGCAACAUGGAACAAAAAACAAGUUUGCAUAAAAUGAAUGUAUUUGUAAACUGUAGAGCUUUUUGAGACUCGGCUUAAGGAGUCUGCACUGAACUGAAGAAGAUAUAUUCUUCACUAGCAUUACAAUUUAGGGAGUUCGUACAGGAGCAAAGAUAACUUCUUGUUAGCGAAACGACCUACGCGAUGGUCAUACCGGUAUCUACAGACUUUCGAAACUUAUUUAAAAAUUUCCACGCAACCGGAUAGUCAGUUAUUACUACGGGGAAUGGUCCAUACGAGACAUUAACCCAGCAAGGAGUCGUUAAGUCGUGUGAGUUGACGACUGUACCACGGGAGCACCCUACAAUGAAACAAAAGAGCUUAACAUUUAACAUAAAGAUCUGCAAUCGAAAUAGUUUAUAACGAAGGUAUUCGUUGAAAGAAAAUACGAUCCUUAGCAAUUACUUAGCUUUUUUUUUUAUUUUUGCUACAAAACCAACCAAAAACAUUUCCAGUUUAAUGUAACCAUUUUCAAAACGCUUCAAUUUGUCCACCCUUAAUCAGCGCUGACAGAUCACGGCGAUUAAUGACUUCCUGUUAAACGGGAGCAAUUACUUUCGUCACACGUCUUCCCGCAAGCUUAAGCACUCGGUAAUCCAGCGCAAGUGAUAAUCGCAAUGUGGAUAAGCAAUUUGAUCAUAAUUUUCUCGCAGGUUAAAAUGUCACCGCAUGAUUGCCGCUCAACAGUAACACAACACCUUGCAACGCGUUAUUUCAACCUUCCGAAACGUCGCAUUUUGUCGGAACGCCCAGGGUACACGCAGACCAGAUUCCGGGGCCAUCGAAAACGAAAUUAAAUUCAGAGUUUAAGAAGAAAAUAAAAAUCUUUAAAGGCACAAAACAAGUAGCGAGGAUAAGAGUUUUGAAUUGAACAAAAAAAUACAACAACAGUGAGCCACAAGACGAUCCUCUUGGUACGGUUGUGGUAGAUCCAUUUGUCAACGUUUCGCUAAAAUUGCCACCGAGAAGGAACACCCGAGAUGAUGCAUUUUCGUAUGCGUUUUUGUUUAUUCGUUUCUUUUGCAGAACCAACAGUCCUUCUUCUGCAUCGAAUAGCAGUUUCUUUUUCGUGCUUGUGUCAACACACACUCCUUCUUCUACCGUUAGCGACAUUCCGCGCAUCUUAAACGUUUGCCGCUGGUGCCGUGUGUGUUGUGCGAGGGUCGCCGCUUUUAAUUAUGCUUAAUUCAAUUAAAUGCUCCACAUUCCGUGUUCGUCACAUAUUUGUCAGUAGGUGCGCACACCUGCCAAUUUUGUGCCCGUUCUGGCUUUCCCGGGAGGAGUGAUUUUCUUCCCUCCGGCAACGGGUUGCUUUUGCGAUAACGCAAACACACCACCGAGAACGGUCAUUAGUGUGGAAGCGAAAUCGGCCUUCCCUGGCGUCCGGAUGCCGCAAACCGGAGAACGUUUCAUUGUGCUGUUUGUUUGUUCAGUUUUUCGUGCAUUCAUUCUUAACAGCAUCAGGCGUCUUUUGACCACUUAUCGGACGGGCAAGCCGUCGCCGUCUUCAAAUGCCCGAGAUACGGGCACAGGGCAGCAUCCCCGUGCGGCAGCGAAGGAUACGGCACCGGCAGCGAGAUAUGGCUGGCGCGACCGUGAGCUCCGCAGUACAAAUUGAAACAUCGUCCCCUGGCCGGCCGGAAGCAGCACGCCACGCACUUGCCGGCGCUGGUGGGCAUUACCUGCAGCGCCCUGCGGUGUCUGCGGGCACUGAAGCACCAAUUAUCGGCCGGUGCGUGCGCACUGCCCGUGUCUAGCCGGCGUCCUUCCCGCUGAGUCAAGUGCGCCAGCCACUGACUUAUCAGCUCUUCCUCCCGUUGCGUACAUCCAAGUGGAUGAAUGUGUGGACCGUUUUCGAGCCCAAACACACGCACAAUCCGUUUGUUCAUUGACUAAUUACGAACCCUACGGGGUAGGUACAUCGUGCCGGAUGAAGGCAAAACACACAAAAAGAAGCUUUAUAAACGCUAUCGCUGAUGCACGUGGCGCUGCCGCCAGUGUCGGAGAGCUGGGAUGGAAGGAAAACAAAACGCUCAUAAAAAACAAUCCCGCAUACAACGAUUAGGAAACUAAUCGAUGCAAUCCGUCUGGACGGGGACGCGGCUAAAUACUUUCAAGCCUAACACGAACGGUUGGAGCGAAGUUGUAGAUCGCUGGAAGUUGAGAAAAGCAACAAAAAAAAAGAAACCAGUUCUCAUCUUCCUUUCACACGCUUCUCUAGGCAAACAAACGGAUUUGAGGAUCGAACGGGUAAAAGCAAAAGGAAUAGGCUGUAAUUGUCUUUUUAAACUCUGUAAACUCUUAAACAAACCCUCAUAACUCUGGUUCAUUCAGUAGUGUGUAUAAUAUUUAAUUUGGUAAUCGAUAAAAGAAUCUAUUCUUUCUAAGACUUUCCCGAAACCUCUUUCAUAUGUCCAUGUUAGCCUGUUUAGAAAUUUUACUUCAAAAAUCAUGCCAGCAACACAUUUCUCUCCAAUCAUCGAACACCGCAACCCAGCGCAAAACGUCAACCGAUGAAUGAAAAAUGAUCCCAACACGGCAUGUUCCGUUGCGUAUUUUCAUAACAGCACAGCUUCUGGGACCCUUCCAAGCUACAUGCCGGAGAUGUUUUUGAGUGGGGGAAAAUGUGCAACCGACAACAGACCUAAAAGGAUAACGAACAGACUUGAAGAUACACGAGCAAGAUACGCAAGCGACGGAGACAGGACGAUGACGACAGUGAGGUGGGCUGAACCGAAAACCAAGGUUCCAAUUCUAACCAUUUCCUGUGUCUCGUCCCACAGCACGAGACGGACGGGUAAACGCAAAACUAAUGCACAAAAAACCUACAACACCGACCAAAACUUAUCUCAACGGCACACCAAUCAGGAACCCUUGCGCUUGCAAACAAGCGCAAGAUAAAGGCACGCGAAAGACGAUCCCUUUUUUUGCUCUCUGUGCGUUACGGCAGUUCCUCGUGAUGUGCCUGUGGGGUGAAGCAGAAGCAGAAAGCAACAGGGACCUUCGGUUUGCCAAUGGCUUCUGAGUGACGCACGUUGGCAUCUGUACCGCCGGAUGAGUCACACGAUGUGUCCAGUCUCAUGACUGGACGCGUCUCGCUUUGCGAUAGGAUUAUUGAUCGGGCGAACGGUACCGAGAGCGACAGGAUUAUGGCAUUCCUGUAGGUGGGCCUGCCCAAAAAAAAAACACCCUUCAAAAACCUGACCGUGCGGUCAGGCCGGGUGAGUGUAGUAACGGCACACACACAAAAAAGUAUUAAUUACCUAGCCUUUACUGUCGCAAAAAGAAAUCAAGCAAAAAAGGACGAUGAAAGCAAUAUUAAAAAUGCCACCAAGCUAUUAGCAACAGGCUCAGACCCACGAGCUGAAAUGACCGAAGGGUUCGUCGCUUGAUGGAGAGGAGGUUUUUUGUUCUUUCGUUUCUACUCUACUGGGCUCCUGAAACCACCCACAGCCACCGCAACGCACGCAGGCUUUUAACGGGUGUUUCGGUGUUAUUCCUCCUGCAACUUUCCAGAGAAUGAAAUCCUUCCCGGGUCGUGUGGUACGAUGGAAUGUGCCCCGGGAGAGCGACCGAACGCGCGCGUGUAACUUAAUACCAAAAUAACCCAUCACUCCAGCCCUCUAAUGACUGAGGUUUGUGCUGCAAAUCCCUUUUUUUGUACAAGGAAUGUGGCGUUUUUUUCUGCCCCACUGCCCACAUAUCCUUUUUAAGUGUCUUGGUGCGGUCGAGGGCUGUCUUGUCGUGUUGCUCAACCCAGAGACUCGUCCCUCAUCGAAGGACUCAUCCCGGUCGGCCAACCCGAUCGAAUCGGUUUCGAAUUUCCCCCGUGUUGCCCCGCGCGUGGACAUUUUGUCAUCCGGUGCGGGCUCUCGUUGCAUGCCGCACCGGGAGCCAUGUGCCACAGCUGCGCUCCGAACACUUCCAAACGCAAAGCACAAGGCCAUCCCCGAGGGAUCCUGGGAGAACGUGUGUAUGUGUUGUACGUUAAUUAAGCUCCCGCUGGGCGAAAAAGUAAUCCCGUUUUCAACCCUCCCCAUGGUCGUGCGGUUUUGUGGUGGUGCUUUCAACGAUGUUUUACGAUUUGCUGCUCGGCAUUGCUGUGCUGUGGGCAUCAUGUUGCGCACCACCAACUCCGCGUAGGCGUCGCGCUUUAUUAGGUGUUUGGGGACAGGGACGGGACUCUAUCGUCUG